AGGAAGGGCGUGGCUUAAAACUUUCCAUCGUCAGACCUCCUACCGCCUGGGCUGAAAUUUGGUGCGGCUGCUCCUUUAAGGCAUCGAGACGCCGUGCGCCUGCGCAGCAGAGCCUUGACCUCGCGCUCCGUCCGCGGCGCUGCUCGUGACUACUUCUUGUUGUUAUUGUUUUUUUGAAAACAUUGGGGGAGGGGGGAGAGGAGGGGGAGGGAAAAAAGCUGCCGUUUGGCGUUCGGAUCUUAUCGUUGAGGCGGCGGUUGCCAUAGCGACCCCUGGGCGGACGGGCCCGGCCUAGGAGGCCAUGGAGGAGGAGGACUCCGGAGCAGCCGCCGCUGCCGCCGCGCCUUCUGAAGUGACGGAGAUCCGGGUCUCCGGCCCGCAGCCUCUGCGGCUCCUCGAGUGGAAAGUCUCGGCCGGGGCGGCGGUGAAAAUCGGCUCGGUGCUAGCGGUGUGCGCGCCUAUCUCGGCCUCUGAGGCGCGGGGCCCGGAACGGAAGGUCAAGGCGGAGCUGCCCGGCGUGGUGCGGGAACUGUGCGUGCGGCUGGGACAAGUCAUCCCGCCCGGGGGUGUUCUGGUGAGAUUGGAAGCAUGCAGCCAUCCUGUUGUUAUGAAAGGCUUAUGUGCAGAAUGUGGCCAGGAUCUCACACAGUUACGAAGCAAGAAUGGAAAGCAGAAUAUGCCAGUAUCUACAGCAACUGUAUCAAUGGUUCAUAGUGUCCCAGAACUGAUGGUUAGCUCUGAGCAAGCUGAACAGUUGGGAAGAGAAGAUCAGGAGAGGCUACGUCGAAAUCGAAAACUUGUGCUAAUGGUAGAUUUGGACCAGACAUUGAUCCAUACCACAGAGCAGCAUUGCCAACAGAUGUCUAACAGAGGAAUAUUUCAUUAUCAGUUAGGUCGAGGGGAACCUAUGCUGCAUACCCGUUUACGUCCUCAUUGCAAGGAGUUCCUAGAAAAAAUUGCUAAGCUGUAUGAACUACAUGUUUUCACCUUUGGGAGCAGACUAUAUGCACAUACUAUUGCAGCAUUCUUAGACUCUGAAAAGAAGCUCUUUUCUCAUCGAAUAUUAUCAAGGGAUGAAUGUAUUGAUCCAUUUUCUAAAACGGGGAAUCUUAGAAAUUUAUUUCCCUGUGGAGAUUCCAUGGUUUGUAUUAUUGAUGACAGAGAGGAUGUCUGGAAAUUUGCACCUAAUUUGAUAACUGUGAAGAAGUAUGUAUACUUUCAGGGCACAGGAGAUAUUAAUGCACCACCUGGGUCAAAGGAAGCCCAAAUGAGAAAGAAAGCAAAUCAUUCCUCAAAGUUAAAUGAGACAUCUGAUGCAGUAACAAAAGACUCAGAAGAAGUAAAGAAUGCUACAAAUAUAGAAGAACAAAGCAAUGGUGUUAGAAAAACUACAAAGGAAAUAAAUGGCAAUAACUCUGUCAGCAGUGAGGCCUCGUCAUGGGAUUUAAAUUCUGGUGACAAAGUUAAAGACUGUUUAAGUGAUCCUGAUCAUAUAGCAGAUGUUACCAGUGCAAAUGAUGAUCAGAUGAAUGCCAAGGAAUCACAUGUAUCAUCAGACCAGGAUAAGAGGACAGUUACAGAGAAGCAGCAGACUGCAGACAAGACAGCAAAUUGUUUGGACUUUGAAUUGUCUACAGAUAGUGACAGUGACAGUGGGCUGGAUGCUAGGAAAUCAUCUUCCUCUUCUGCCUCAGAUAGUGAAAAUGAAGGGAAAAGAAGCUGGAGAAAAUCGAAGCAGUCUCUACAGGAAGAGAGGAAAGUGCCUCUUUUGGAAACAGAAACUAAUGUAGAAAAAGAUGGAUUGGAAAACCAUUCUGGAGACACUCUAUCCUCAACUAGUAACAAUCCUCAUCCCAAGCCAUUUGAUUUGGAAGCACAUGAAGAGAGUGAACAAGAUAGCCUUUGCAGUCUAGGAAAUGGAUGUGUGGACAAGAAAGAGGCUGAGACAGAGUCACAAAAUAGUGAGCAGUCUGGGAUAACAGUGGGAGAAUCAUUAGAUCAAAGCAUGGAGGAAGAGGAAGAUGAUGAUACAGACCAGGACGACCAUUUAAUAUACCUGGAAGAGAUUCUUGUGCGGGUCCAUGCAGAUUAUUAUUCAAAAUAUGAUAAAUACGUCAGGAAAGAAACUGAUGAAAUUCCAGAUAUAAGAAAAAUAGUACCAGAACUGAAGCGAAAAGUAUUGGCAGGGGUUACUAUUUUAUUUAGUGGACUGUAUCCAACUAAUUUUGCUAUCGAAAGAACCCGGGAGAAUUACCAUGCUACUGCACUCGGAGCCAAGAUUGCAAAAACUCUAAUAUUAGAUGAAAAUGAUCCCAAUAAGACAACCCAUCUUAUUGCAGCAAGAGCUGGCACUGAAAAAGUCCGGCAAGGUCAGACCUGUAAAAGUCUCCAUAUUGUAAAUCCAGACUGGUUGUGGAGCUGCUUGGAGCGUUGGGACAAAGUGGAAGAACAACUGUUUCCUUUGAAGGAUGAUUACCUUAAAACACAGAGAGAGAACAGCCCUGCUAUGUUUCCAGAUAUACACAGUGCUUUCCAAACUGCCCUUUUUCAUCCAACUCCAAUUCAUCCAAAGUGUCAGCCUAGUCCUGAAGUUCGACUUUAUGAUCCUAACACUGGAAAACUAAUUAGAAAGGGAUCUCAGAAUUCCAGUCAGUCUAUGUAUAUUCAAGCACCAUCUCCUCCCCUCAAUCUACCAGUCCAUGGAGAGCAUUCCUUGUUCAGAAUUGUUCAACCACAUCAGCAGCUAUUUGAUGAAGAUGGGAUGCCAUCAAGUGAGAAUGAAGAGCCUGGCCCUUCCAAAAGGAAACGCCAGCCAAGUAUGUCUGAAACAAUGCCAUUAUACACCUUGUGUAAAGAGGAUUUAGAAAGUAUGGAUAAAGAGGUUGAUGACAUAUUAGGAGAAGGCAGUGACGACAGUGAUAGUGAAAAAAAGAAGGGAAGAGGAAGAAAGGAAAAGGCACCACAGAAUAAUAAAAAAGAUCCUAUUAAUAUAAAAACAGAAGAGAGACCCGUAUCAACAUCAUCAAGUGAAAGAAGUUUUACCGGCAGCAUACCCAGGGGCCACAAGCGGAAACUGGUUGAAGAUGACGUUGCCAGUGAAUCCAGUAAAGGAUCCAGCAAUGAAGAUGAGGGCAGCAGUUCAGAGGCAGAUGAAAUGGCCGCAGCAUUGGAAGCUGAGCUGAAUGAUUUCAUGUAGCCUGCAUAUGGGAGGGAAUUCGUAUUUAUCUGAUUUCUUUUCUUCAACCACUCUAAAUUCCAGUGGGAGAACUUCCCGUCUCCUCCAAAAUGUUAUGUAUAUUUUGCAAAGCAGCAUAGGAGAUAACUCAUUAUUUUACAAAAUCUGAAAUAGAAGUUUUUAAGGUGUUUUACUAAAGGAAUAUAUUCUUUUUUAAAAAGGAAAAGUAUUAAAGAGGGACUUGGUGCGAUAUGCCAAAGACAUGUUAUGAGCUCUGCCGAACCUUCAUAUGCAAGAGAAUAUUGCAAAGAUUUGCAGCUAAACAUUUUAAAACUUUUGCCACGAAGGCUUUGUGUACCAGGCCUCAUAAAGAAAGAAGAUGUAAGGAAUAUAUUGCAUGGAUAAAAUACUGACUGGGAUAUGUUUUCUUCUAAAAUACAAAGUUUUUUUUAAAGGAAAGAACAAUUUAUAUUUGUAUAGGAAUGAGAAUGCUAUAUGCAAGCUUUGCGAACUCUGAAUUUGAUCUACCUGCCACUUGCAUCUAAGAGAAUAUAUGAUUAUUGGCUUCCGUGUGUUUAAGUUACUUUGUGGAUUAGUUGUAUCCUUUAGGAAACUAUUUAGAUUUAUUUUUUUCUGAUUUAUUUUUUGCAACUGCAGUUCUUUCACAGGUUUCCCUGUGCAUUGUUGUACUGCUCACAAAAAUUCAUUUUCUGUUGUGUUUUGAAGGAAUGGCUGUAAGCUAAUUCUUGGUAGCAUUUUAUUUCUUUGAAAGAACAGAUGUAAAGUUUUUGUACAUUCUAUUUCAUAUUUGAUCUACAAGAAAUUCUUUUUGUUUAAUAAAAUACAUUUUGUAAGCUCUGUUCUCA